AUGCCAUCAACACUGUCAACAACACCCUCAACUGUGGCAACAACACCGUCAACAGUGUCAACAAAAUACUCACCUGUGGCAAAAAAAGCAUCAACCGUGCCAACAACAUCAUCAACCGUGUCAACAACACUCUCAACUGUGUCAUCAGCAUCCCCAACUGUUUCAACAACACCCUCAACUGUGGCAACAACAACCUCAACUGUGUCAUCAACAUCCUCAACUGAGACAAAAACACCCUCAAUUGUGGUAACGGCGUCGUCAGCUGAGUCAAAAACACUCUCAACUGUGUCAACAACACCCUCACCUGUGUCAACCACAUCCUCAACCCUGUUUACAUUGCUAUCAACAGUGUCAACAACAUCCUCAACUGAGACAAAAACACCCUCAACUGUUGCAACAGCGUCGUCAGCUGAGUCAAAAACACACUCAACUGUGGCAACAACACCCUCCACAGUGUCAACCACAUCCUCAACUCUGUUUACAAUGCUAUCAACAGUCACCCUCAACCAUGUCAACAACACCCUCAUCAGUGUCAACACCUACAACUGUGUCAAAAACAUCUAUGGCUGUGUCAACAAUACCCUCAACUGUGUCAACAACUCCAGCAACAGUCUCGACAACACUCUCAAGUGUGUCAACAACAUCUUCAACUGUGUCAACAACACCAUCAACUAUGUCAAUGACACUGUCAACUGUGUCAUCAGCACCCUCAACUGUGACAACAGCACCAUCAACCGUGCCAACAUCACCAUCAACCCUGUCAACAACACUCUCAGCUUGUCAACAACAUCCUCAGCUGUGUCAACAACACCCUCAACUGUGGCAACAUCCUCAUCUGUGCCAACAACAUCUUCAACUUUGCCAACAAUAUCCUCAACCCUAAGAAGAAAACUCUUAACUGUGCCAACAACACCCUCAACUGUGCCAACAACACCCUCAACUGUGCCAACAACACCCUCCACAAUCUGUGUCAGCACUACCCUCAACUGUGUCAACAACACCAUCAACCAUGUCAAUGACACUGUCAACUGUGUCAUCAGCAUCCUCUACUGUGACAACAACACCCUCAACAGUAUCAACAAAAUACACAACUGUGGCAAGAACACCAUCAACCGUACCAACACCAUCAACUGUGUCAACAACACUCUCAGCGGUGUCAUCAGCAUCCCCAACUGUGUCAACAACCUCAACUGUGUCAUCAACACCCUCAACGGUGACAACCACACCCUCAACCCUGUCUACAAAAUCCUCAACAGUGUCAACAUUACCCUCAACAGUGUCAACAUUACCCUCAACAGUGUCAAUAACACCCUCAACUACGUCAGCGACACUCACAGCAGUGCCAACAACACCCUCAACUGUGUCAACAACACUCUCAACAGUGCCAACUACACCCUCAACAGUGUCAACAUCAUCCUCAGCUAUGUCAACACCCCCAACUGUGGCAACAUCCUCAUCUGUGCCAACAACAUCUUCAACUUUGCCAACAAUAUCCUCAACUGUGCGAAUAAAACUCUCAACUAUGCUAACAGCACCCUCAACCAUGUCAACAACACCCUCAACAGUGUCAACACCUACAAGUGUGUCAAAAACAUCUUUGGCUGUGUCAACAAUACCCUCAACUGUGUCAACAAAAACAGCAACAGUCUCAACAACACUCUCAAGUGUGUCAUCAACAUUAUCAACUGUGUCAACAUCACCCUCAACCAGGUCAACAACACCGUCAACAGUGUCAACAAAAUACUCACCUGUGGCAAGAACACCAUCAACAGUGCCAACACCAGCAACCGUGUCAACAACACUCUCAGCUGUGUCAUCAGCAUCCCCAACUGUGUCAACAAUACCCUCAACGGAGUCAACAACAACCUCAGCUGUGGCAACAACACCCUCAAUUGUGGCAACAACACCAUCAACCCUGUCUACAACAUCCUCAAAAGUGUUAGCAAUACCCUCAACAGUGUCAACAACAUCCUCAGCUCUGUCAACAACACCCUCAACGGUGGCAACAAACUCAUCUGUGCCAACAACAUCUUCAACUUUGCCAACAAUAUCCUCAACUGUGCGAAUAAAACUCUCAACUGUGCCAACAGCACCUUCAACCACAUCAACAACACCCUCGACUGUAACAACAAAACCCUCAACAGUGUCAACAAAAUACUCACCUGUGGCAACAUCCUCAUCUGUGCCAACAAUGUCUUCAACUUUGCCAACAAUAUCCUCAACUGUGCAAAUAAAACUCUCAACUGUGCCAACCGUAUCGUCAACCACAUCAACAACACCCUCAACAGUGUCAACACCUACAAUUGUGUCAAAAACAUCUAUGGCUGUGUCAACAAUACCCUCAACUGUGUCAACAACACCAGCAACAGUCUCAACAACACUCUCAAGUGUGUCAUCAACAUUAUCAACUGUGUCAACAACACCCUCAACUGUGUCAACAAAAUCCUCAACAGUAUCAGCAACAUCCUCAACUGUGGCGACAACACCAUCAACCGUUGUGUCAUCAACAUUAUCAACUGUGUCAACAACACCCUCAACUAUGUCAACAACAUCAUCAACUAUGUCAACAACAUCAUCAACUGUGUCAAAAACUCCUUCAACUGUUCCAAAAACACCCACAGCCAUGUCAACCACUCCCUCAACCAUGUCAACAACACCCUCAACAGUGUCAACACCUACAAUUAUGUUAAAAACAUUUAUGGCUGUGUCAACAAUACCCUCAACGGAGGCAACAUCCUCAUCUGUGCCAACAACGUCUUCAACUUUGCCAACAAUAUCCUCAACUGUGCAAAUAAAACUCUCAAUUGUGCCAACCGUAUCGUCAACCACAUCAACAACACCCUCAACAGUGUCAACACCUACAAUUGUGUCAAAAACAUCUAUGGCUGUGUCAACAAUACCCUCAACUGUGUCAACAACACCAGCAACAGUCUCAACAACACUCUCAAGUGUGUCAUCAACAUUAUCAACUGUGUCAACAACACCCUCAACUGUGUCAACAAAAUCCUCAACAGUAUCAGCAACAUCCUCAACUGUGGCGACAACACCAUCAACCGUUGUGUCAUCAACAUUAUCAACUGUGUCAACAACACCCUCAACUAUGUCAACAACAUCAUCAACUAUGUCAACAACAUCAUCAACUGUGUCAAAAACUCCUUCAACUGUUCCAAAAACACCCACAGCCGUGUCAACCACUCCCUCAACCAUGUCAACAACACCCUCAACAGUGUCAACACCUACAAUUAUGUUAAAAACCUUUAUGGCUGUGUCAACAAUACCCUCAACGGAGGCAACAACACCAUCCAACGCCUCAACAACAACCUCAUCUAUGACAACAACACCCAAAGCAGUGUCAACAACACCCUCAGCUGUUGUGUCAUCAACAUUAUCAACUGUGUCAACACAUUCAAACGUGUCAACAACAUCCUCAACAGCGUCAACAACAUCCUCAUCUGUGGCAACAACACCAUCAACCGUGUCAACAACACCCUCAACUAUAUCAACAACAUCAUCAACUCUGUUAUCAACAUCCUCAACUGUGUCCAAAACCCCCUCAACUGUGCCAAAAACACCCACAGCAGUGUCAACCACUCCCUCAACCAUGUCAACAACACCAUCAACUGUGUCAAUAACACUCUCAACCAUGUCAACAACACCCACAAGUGUGUCAACAAUAUCCUCAACCAUGUCAACAACACCCUCAACAGUGUCAACACCUACAAUUAUGUCAAAAACAUCUAUGGCUGUGUCAACAAUACCCUCAACUGA